CAGUCCAGCUUCCGCCAUAGAAGAAGAAGAAGAAGAAGAAGAAGAAGAAGAGGAGGAACAGCUGAAGAUGAUGAAGAGUAAAGCUGAUGAGGAAGACUACUGGAACAGCUCGAAGUUCAAAGCUUUCACCUUCGAUGAUGAUGAUGAUGAGUUCAGCAGGUUAAAAGAAUCGAAGCAGGCCGUGAACAGCAUCCGGCGCCUGGUGGAGGAGGACGAUGAUGAAGACGAGGUGGAGAAGGUCAGCUGGAGCGGAGAGCCUGUUGGAAGUAUCUCCUGGUCGGUCAGAGAGACAGCGGCAUCCAAUCAAAGAACAGACAGAGACCCUGCCUUCCCCAAAAUAAACACUGACACACCGAGCAUCAGCAAGAGUAACUCAGGGUACUCUCUGAGCUCUCUGUUCAAAGGAAAAACUAAAGGGGGAAACUUCCAGUCGUUCAGUGACGCGCUCAGUGACUCGUCUGUCCGGCUCUACGCACCAGAACUCCGAAAACCCAAAUCUGAAUACAAGGAUUAUGUCAGUGAUUGGUCGCCUGACGAGACGGUCCAGAGAAUGCAGCAGGGAAAGGCCGUGUCUCUGGAGAAGUUCAGGUCUCUUCAGGAGAAACUGCUGCUGCUCGAUUUCGCCGUCAGCGCCCACGAUGGAAACGUCAUCACUGCUGUCUUAAUUUAUCUAAAGAGAACUCUGAGCAAAGAUGUUCUCUUCCGGGAGCUGGAGUCCCGACAAACGGCUCUGAGACAUUUCAUCCACUACCUGACUGAGACCAGAGACCAGCGGCUGAUGCUGGAGCUGCUCAGGUCUCUGGGCCGGACAGAAGACACAGCACUGCUGCAGUAUAAAGAACACCUGAACAUCGCUGAUGAAAACAAGAGGCGGGACUUCCUGAAGAGCUGCGUCAGUCUUCCAUUCUCUGCAGAAGACUCGGCUCAUGUUCAGGAUCACUUCACCCUGCUGGAGCGACAGAUCAUCAUCGAGGCAACAGACCGGCAGGCCGAGUGUGGAGGGAAGGUGGAAAUCUUCCAGAAGUUUCCCAGAAGAGCUUCAAUCCUGAACAUGCCGCUGGUCACAACACUGUACUACUGCUGCUUCUACCACUACCCCGAGGCUGAGGGAACCUACAGCAGUCCUCUGAACAUUCGUCAGACCUUCAAGAUUUCAGAGAAGCAGUACUUCGUGACGGCGCUGGCAGCCCGGGCGAAGCUGAAAGCCUGGUUGGACGUGGACGCUCUGUUCACCAGCAGGAACUGGCUCGGCUUCACCAGGAAGAAGUCACCACUCAGCUUCCAACGAGUCGUCGACAUCCUGCAGAAAAACUCCGCCCCAACACAGGUGCUGCAGGACUACGUGGCGCUGGUGGAUGACGCAGAGCUCAGGAUCAGUCUGGCUCAGAAACAUAAAUGUCACGACAUCGUCAUCAACACGUACCGGGACCUGAAGGACCGGCAGCUUCUGCUUGGAUAUCGAGGGAAGGUGGAGAGAGGAUCGGCGGAGGAGAGGAAGAUCAACGAGCUGCUCAACAACCCGCAAAUUCGGUGGAAGAACUGAGCUUCACAUGUUUCAUUCACAGACUUUUAUUUUGAAAGUAAGAAGACAGAGCCUCUGUCACUAUGACGACAUGAACUUCCUGUCAGCGCACACGCCCAGAGAGCAUUUUUGAUGGGUGGAGCCUACAUCAUCGCUGAGUCAUCGCUGAGUCAUCGCUGAGUCAUCGCUGAGUCAUCUCUUCAAAAUCCUCAGACCAUUUUUUUCUUUUUUUUAUUUACUUAACCACUAAUUAAUAAAAUUAUCAUUUAAAAACGUCAA